AUGGCCAUGCAACAGGUAGAAUGCAAGGAGAUUUUCCUUAUACCAGUAGGCACCAAUGAAGCCUACGAGGGAGGCAAGGACUCUGAGCAGGACAACGGAUCAGAGAUAGCAGUGGAUGCAGUCGUUGUUGGGUUUGGAGGGCAAGUAUUGGCACUCAUGGGUUCUUCAGGAAAUGGAAAGACAGCACUCUUGAAUUUGCUUGGUGGCAGGUUAAUUCAGCUUAGUGUUGGAUUUGUGUCUCAAGACAAUGCUUUCUUUCCUCACCUUACGGUGAAAGAAACAUUAACAUAUGCAGAUCUCCUCCGAUUGCCGAAAACAUUGACAAAAGAACAGAAGGGAAAACAAGCUAUAAAUGUGCCAAGACACUAUGAUCGGAACCUCAUUCGUCCAUGGCAUGUCAAGUGGGGAAAGGAAAAGUGUGAAUUGGCAAUGAGAUUAUAA